AUGCUGGCCUCACUGUGCGGACUGAGGAGCGCUCUCUCGCCGAGCCUGCUCGUCGGACCGUCAUCCCAACUGACAGGUCAGCAAGUCCGACAUCGGUCCCAGCUCUUCCCCAGACGGACAAAGUAUCGCAAAGCGCAGAAAGGCCGGGUACCUCUUCGUACGGGAGGCUCGACCGUAGGCACAACAGUAGAGCAUGGAGACUAUGGAUUGAGAGUCAAAGAGGGAUGUCAGCUGGCUGCCAAAGUCCUCACGUCAUGCGAGGCAGCCAUCAAAAGAGGCAUCAAACCCGUCAAGGGCGCCAAAUGCUAUUUGAGGGUCUUCCCCGAUAUACCUGUCUGCAUCAAGGGCAACGAGACUCGUAUGGGCAAGGGCAAGGGUACUUUCGAGUAUUGGUCCUGCAGAGCGCCAAUAGGGACAGUCCUCUUCGAAGUAGGAGGCGGUGACAUACGGCCAGAGAUCGCAAAGACAGCGCUCAAGCUGGCCGCUGCAAAGCUGCCCGUCAAAAGCGAGUUCAUCACAAGGCAGAGUCUACCCAUGGCUGGCUAUGUCGAAGUAGCGGAACACUUCCGACCAGGCAAAAUGGGAACGAUCGCACGCGCACAGCUCGAACAGACCGCAAUACCUGUUACGCAGAGCGAAGUCGAGCAGCUCGCGGUGUCUGCCAACGCUGCAUGA